UACAGAUACCUACCUUGAGCCGAUUUGAUGGAAGGCUUCAUGCUACGUCGACUAUGAGUUGCAUCCCAGAUGUCGUCCUCUAAGCUUCAGUCGGUUGGGCAGAAUACGCGUUCGUCCUUCGAAGGGGCCACUAAAGCACUUCCACACGCCAUAAUGUCUCUGGAAGAUCUUCAUUAGGGUUUUAUGGCCCAAGCUCGCCAGUUACAUCGUUCCCGAGAAAGGCAAUCCAUGGCAGAGUGCAAACUGCAAUGCGACGUGGAUGCACAAGUCCCUUCGAACCACGACUCCCACUCACUAUGAUCGUGACUACAAUUGGAUGUUGCAAAUGUUGUUACGCCCCUCUUUCCAUUGAAUUUAGUGGAGGGGUAAUUGACAAAGCGUUCUUCUUUCGCCAACUGAGGAGAGAUGGUAGAAGAUGGUCUACUUCUCCACUCGCAGUAAAUGUGGCGAUGAUGAGGCUCAGGACUUUGCGAUUUGCCAAAGUCCUAGCAGCCCGUUCGUUCUUUGGUCUUCAUCCAUCACGUCUUUACGUACCAUGCAAAAACAUGAGAAACUCUUUCAUUGUGUUGCUAUCCACUUUAGUAUACACAGUCCAUUCCACCUGGUAUACCACUCCACCGUCGCUCGCCUCCAUCGAGAGUAAAAUCGUCGUUUCGUCGUCGCAAAUGGGUGCGGGCGUGGGUGCGCGGUAUGUUCGAGACACCGACCAGUUUAUUGAAUCAGAGAUGCCGUCAAAGCGUCCGUUAUGUAACAAGGUGUGUGUGCCGAACGCGGAAGUCAUGCGGCCACAUCCACAUCUACCAGCGAACCACUUGAGCCUCCCGAAAGAAGAGAGUUCAAAGGCGGAUGUGGAGAGCCGCUCAGCUGAUACACGCUAGGCUUUCAUCAUCUAGUCGUUCUGUUAGUAUGCGCGCGACAGUCAGAAUGGCGUCGCAAGGUGGC